AAUCAUCGUGACAUUCUCGGGGCAGAAGAAACAAACAUCGCAAUAAGUGUUGAUAUUAAUUCGAAUUUUUCCGCCCAUCGACGAGCGAGACUCGUCGUCGACUGGGCCGAACUCCUCCCUUUGUAUUGUGGUUAAGAUGUACCCAUUCCCCUGAGAUGAUCCGUGUAGGCCUCUGAGAUGAUGAACACAUUGAUAUAUCGAUCUCGAAGGUGAACGGACCCGUCAACAGAUAUGAUGCAUUCGCGCUCCCUCCUGUCUAUGUUUGCUUUGGCCGGCGCCAUAUUUGCGACGCCCACUCCACCACGGCAAGCUCCUGAGUAUGUGGGUUACUUGGUGUCGACUUUCAGCGACCCUACUCCUAAAGUGCAGUUUCAUCUUUCCAAUGGGAAUGAUGCCUUAAGCUUCACAUUUCUAAAUGGAGGAAACCCGGUGCUGGCCUCGGAUGUCGGGACGAAGGCGGUGAGAGAUAUAUUCCUCGCAACCGACUCGGCUCGAUCCGAGUACUACCUAAUCGCUACCGAUCUUGAUGUUAGAGCGGCGGGAUUCUCCUGGGAUAAGGCUACGAGACACGGAAGUCGCGGCAUUGUCGUGUGGAAAUCUUCUAACCUGGUCGACUGGUCGGGGCCUUCUCUUCAAACCGUCGAACCGGAGACAGCAGGCAUGGUAUGGGCGCCCUCGGCUGUGUGGGAUGACCAAGAGUUGCUGUACUAUGUAUUCUGGGCCUCACGGCACUACGACCCCUCCGAUACGGAGCACACGGGAACGGCAUCGCUAGACCGGAUCCGGUACGCGACAACGAGGGACUUUGCCACUUUCAGCGAGCCGAAGGACUACCUAGCUCCUCCUGGCAUCCCACUGAUCGACCAGGAAUUCCAGUACCUGGGAAAGCCAGGGGCCUUCGCGCGGUUCUUUAAAGAUGAGACGGUAGGCCGCGUCUAUCAGGAAGUCACCUCGGAUGGUCUCUUCGGAACUUGGACCCGCCUAGAGGGCUACGUCCACUCCGAUGGCCAACGCGAAGGCGCGGCAUCGUUCGCUGACAAUCUGACGCCUGGCCUUUAUCAUCUCCUGCUCGACGACUACACUCAGUACAUCCCGUAUGAGACAACUGAUAUCUAUUCCCAGAGCUGGAAAGGUUCGAACAGGACCGGAUUUCCGAGCGGGUUGAAGCACGGCUCCGUGACUCCGGUAACGCAGAAGGAAUACGAUGCUCUUAUUGCGGCUUACGGCGCGUAAGAGCGCAGGGUAGGAUCCAGCUAAUAUAGGAAUGGUGAAAACUGGGUGCGGGUAUCGAAUUAGUACACUAUGGUUAUUAACUACAGAAGCUAAGAACCCCACGCUGUCUGACUUCAUUCACAGGAGUCUCUGUCUCCUAGGUGUAUUUCGUGUCCGCAACAUCUGAAUUCUCCGCGGCUGUAAUCGUAGGUGGAGCUUCUUUAGGAGGAGGGGUGUAGGGAGUGAAGAGUCCCGUCGCCUCGUGACUAUGGCAUUCAGACGGAAAAUGUCCCAAAGGGGGAGGAGGUAGAUCCGUCUGUAAGUAUCGAAAUAAGUAUCAAUAUUACAGCCGAGCCCUUGAGACCCAUACUGAACUUGAGCAGCAUGCGUUAAACGAAACGAGCUAGCCAGAGGGCCUGAAUUUCGGGUUAAUAUCAAUAUCAUACCUGCCUACCAUCGUUAUAAAUACUCUACUCGCUCCCCUAUUUCCUCUUUUACUACUGUGACAAGGGGAUAUACUUGGAAUAGGUUCAAUUCAACUAAUAAUUCUAUAGGGGG